UUUUUAAAUCUUUUCUUUUUCGUCCGCUGAGGAUGAUAUAUAUGUAUGCCUCUGGUGUUUCGGUGGGAUUCGGGAUCGAGUUUUGAGUCGAUUGAUGAGGAGUUUUUAGGUGUUGAAGGGGAUUAAGGUCGGGGGUUUUAUUCGGAAUCGUGUUUUCUCCCUCCUUUUUUUUUUCCCAAAUUUUUUUGCUGUAGUUAUUCGUCGUUUGAUUGAUCAAAUCUCUAAAUCUCUUCGGAUUCGGGGAAUCCGUGAUCAAGAGGCUCGGUGAAAUUUUUGGUGCUAGGUUUUUUGUUUGCAAUCGAAAAUUGAGGGUUUUCUUGGGGAGAUCUAGGGUUUGGAUUAGGGUAGAUGGUAGGAUAAAGAUAAAAAAGAGGGGAAAAAAAAGGAGAAAUCUGCUGAGAAAAAAAGAAAAAAAAAGAUCUACAAAAUUAUUGCCUUUAUUCUUUAAUUCGUUGUAUUUGAUUCCACAAAUACCACCCAAAACAGAAAAAAAAAGCAAAAAAAAAAAAAAAAACCAAAAAAAAGGAGAAAGUCACUACACAGUUUUUGAAGAAUUGGUGGAUCGGAAAAUGGCUGUAAAUUUCUCAUCUUGUUCGGUGCUGCCAACUCCAAUCCGUGGGGACGAUGAUUGCGCCAACUCAAUACGGAGUGGUUGGGAUGCUUUUGGUAGCUCCUACCAAUCUGGAUGGAAAUUUGAUGAACCUAGCUCUUCCAGAGGGAAGAGAGAGUGGGGAGAAAGAGAUGAUUAUCGUGAUGUGGUCGAUCGAUUGCCGUCCGACCCCUUUGGAAUGAACCUGGAGACCACUUUCACUUCAGCAUUAUCUGGUUGGAUCGGAGAUGUAAGAAUUAUAUCUAAUGAGUAUCAAAUGGGUGUUAAUCACCUUGAUCCGGCAGAUCUCUUGCCAUCUGAUCCCUUUGGGAUGAACCUUGAAACCUCCUUCACUGCAGCUAUUGCUGGCUGGAUUGGAGAUUUCAGGGCUAUACUUGGUGAUUAUCAGCUCGGUGGUGGUAAUGAUCUUUUUGCGGGCUUGAGUUACUACUGCAAUAAUGCUUUGCUGGUACCUUCAGCAGUCCAAUUGAACUGCGAAGGUCAUCGUGAUGGGCGGGGAAGUGCUUUUGAACCUGUCGUCAAUCUGGAAGUGCUUUCCAGCUCUAAAGGUCCUGAACUUGGAAAGGAUGAUUGCGACGAGAGUAUUCCACAUGAUGGUUUGCUUUACACUCUUGGUUAUCUCGAGAUUCAAGAUCGCCUCUCAGUUGAAAGGGUCUGCAAGACUUUGCGCUCUGCCAUUCUGAAUGACCCCCUUCUGUGGAGGUGUAUCCACAUACAUUAUGAGUUGGGUGAUAAGUUAACAGAUGAUGGUCUUGUGCGGCUAACACAGAAAGCCCAAGGCAAUCUGCAGUGCUUGAGCGUGGUGGGAUGCCCAAAGAUCACUGAUGAUGGUCUGAGGCAUGCACUUGAGAAUUGCCCAAAUCUUAGCAAGUUGAAUGUGUCCGACUGUGUUAGGCUCACUACAGAGGGCCUCAUCGAAACCCUAAAAGCUUUCAAGACUCGAAGUGGUACGGGAAUAAAGCACCUUAAAUUGGGCAGGCUUUUGAGCAUAUCGGAGAGCAACUUUGAAGAGCUGAAGCUAUUAUUAGGCAUGGACCAAUCUCAUCAGCUGAGGUCUUCUACUAAGCAGCGGUUCUAUCACAAAGAGCGGUCUUCUUUAGGGUGUUAUGACAACUCUGCUCUCGAUAUUGAGAUUUGUCCCAAGUGCCAAAAGCACAAGCUCGUCUACAACUGCCCUCUGGAGACCUGCAGGCAGAAAGGGCCAGAACUAUGUAGGGCUUGUGAUUUUUGCAUUGCGAGGUGUAUACAAUGUGGGAAGUGCAUCAAAGACGGCGAGUAUCAAGAGACAUUUGCUCUUGAACAUCUCUGUUCUGGCUGUUUAUUAUCAGAACAGUAGUUGAAGAUUGGAUUGAAGAGGUAUAGCUUGGCUAUGAUUACGACAAUCUUUCGGUUUAUCUUUUCCAUAUCCAAAAUUUCAAUGAAAAAAAAAGAAAAAAAAAAGAUGAUCCAAAAUCAAAAAAAAAGGAAAAAAAGGAAAAUCAAGAGUGAUGAAGAAUUGGCUGGAGACCAUUUGUCUUUUGUUCUCACAAUCAGCUCUGAGCUUGAUUUAGCUGGUGGCAUGUACUAGGGAGAGCAAGUCAUAUAUCUGCUUCGAGGUCGGUAUCACUUGCGGCUUGUCUCAGAUGUUCUAUCCUUCAUUCGAAUCUCUUAGCAGAAUCAUCGACGCUACCCAUACCUCUUGCCUCGAUUAUAUCCUAAAAAGAUGUGUGUGGGUCUACGUUGUCGGUUUGAAACUGUGCAAUAUCCAUAAAAAAAUUCAAGUGUUACUCAUACGCCUUUGAUGUUACGCUCAUGCAUCUUUGAUGAUGGGGCACAGCGUUUUCCUUCGCUUUUCUGUGAGGUGUCUGUGAGGAGUGAUGUAUAAGUAUGUAUUGUUAUUAAUGCCACUUGUUUGAAAUGUACCAAUAACAACAUAUACUUCAUGUACUGUUCUGCUUUAUCAUAUGGAAAUUUGGCGUAUUAAAUAGCAAUGUUUA